AUGCCUCUAUUCUCGGCAUCUUGUAGUCCUCCAAAAACGGUAGACAUACGUCCAUAUUCUCUCGACACCACCGCACCUUCCAGUGCAACCACUCACAUUGUCUUUGUUCCAGGGAGAAACGCAUGCACUUUGUCCAAAUUUUCUUCUCCACGCGUAGGCCUUCCGGACCCCACCUGUCUUCUACAUGCCCUUGUUCCUUUUGUAAGAUUCUUCCUCUUGAUAGGCACUCGACACUUUUUUCGUGAAAUACAAGAGCAUCCGCUCCUUCGGCUCGCUUUAAUGACUGAACUCACCUUCGACGUCUCAGCUCCUCCGGUCGCCGGGUACUACCUUCUCACCGGCGGCAGCGACGGCAUCUACCUCUUUUUCAAGUUCUCUCCGAGGCCAGGAUUCAGCGUGGUCAAGGUGACUCACGGGAUCUCCACGCUCUGGGAGUCUGAGGAUACACUGAUCUCCGUCACCAUCCACCGACUUGGCAACCUUCCCGUUGGACUUGCGAUCCAGCUCUCUGACUCGGCGCUUUACUUCUGCUACGAGAACUUCUUCUGGCACCCGAUAGGCGAGGAAGUAUACAGGGAGAAGCUCCGCUUGGACAUCCACAGGUGCAACUUUGGCAAGUUUGGUCUCGACCUCAGCAACGUUGAUACUCAGGAUGUGACCACCGUACCGGUCCACGACGGCACGUUCCUCACUACACUCUUUAAGCCGAAGCGCGGUAACAUUCUCAUUAGCGUCCGUGAUGGUUCUCAGAUCCUCUGGCAGGCCAAGGGGAAUGGAGACAAAUGCCUGCUUGCCUCGUCCCAUGAAGUUGAUCGGACACCUAAAUUCGUACGGUUGGCACUCCUAGAGUCAAAUCUCUUUGCGCAGAGGUUCUUUGAGAAGGUUGACAGAAGAUGGGUCUCCAUCAGUCUGCAUGCCUACUUCGCCAAGAGAGCACCAAAGGACGCCCAGGUUACCACAGUUGACCUCUCGACCAUUGAGCAUUCACGCGUGUUCAUGUUCAAGGGCGUUAACCUGGGACUUCCGUACGACGUCUUCUUCUCGAGCUUCCUCGGCAAGGUCGUCAAGAUUAUCGAUAGUGGAGAGACCCUCUGGGAAGCCAAGGGAGGUGAAAAGGUCAUUUACGCAGCCGUAGAUCACGAAAAAUCCCAUGCCCAUCUCACUCUUUUAAACUCUUACGGCUCCUCUGAACUGUGCUUUGAGAAAAGGAGUGGGACAUGGGAAGCAGUCGAGGACAUUCCAGGAAAGUUUAAGAUUCUCACCCAUUAG